CCGCCGUCACCAACAUCCCUCAACUCAACACUCAGCCUCAACUCUGAGGUUUUCCCUCAAAUAUCUCACCUCACCCUCAAGUCACCGUCACCAAAAAAAAUUGAGGGAUUUUCCUGAGGAAAUCCUCAAAUAUUUAAGGAUAGCUUCAUAGCAACCUUAAAAAUUUCCUCAAGCAAAUUUAACAUGGCUGGCAGACGUCGUAGACGACGUAGGUUUCGGAGAUAUCGCAAUCGACCGUCAAAAAGGGUGAUACGAGAUCGACUGAACCCCUUAGAAGCCUACACAGACGAUGAACUUUUUGACCGCUAUCGAUUUAGACAGGCUUCAGUCGUGUAUUUACUGGACUUGAUAGGUGGAACUUUGAUAGGUAGUACAAAAAACAAUGCCUUACCUCCGCUCUUACAGCUCUUCGUGUGUCUGAGGUUCUUUGCGACAGGCGCCUAUCAUAAACUGAUAGGUGAUAGCAUGAAUGUGUCUGAGUCAACUGUCGGUAGAUGCUGUAGAUCAGUCACUAAUGCCAUCCUUACUGUAAGACAACAAUUCAUUGUUUUCCCUAGAGACGAACAAGCACGGAAAACGAAGCAAGAGUUCAUCAAAAUUGCCGGAUUCCCGAACACACUGGGAUGCGUUGAUGGAACAUUCAUUAGAAUUAUGGCUCCAACUGAAAAUGAACCGGAUUUUGUGAAUAGAAAGGGAUUCCAUUCUUUGAAUGUACAGAUGGUUUGUGAUGCCAACUUCCGAUUCACGAGUGUGUGUGCCAGCUGGCCCGGUAGUGUCCAUGAUAGCAGGAUUUGGCGGGAAUCCUUCCUUUGUCGACAAUUCGAAAGAGGUAAACAACUUUAUUUAUAUUUUACUAAAAAAUAUUGA